AUGAAUCUUCACUGUUCUGCAGCCGUGGGAGUCCCUACGACGUUCGAAACAAACAUUCUGGUUUUCCUCAUUGUCAUCCUGAAUAUUACUGGAUUUUUUGGCCAUAUCAAUUUGUUGUACGCUUCCUAUCGAAGAACGGAGCUUCAAUCCAAAUAUGGUGAGAUGAAAAUAUUCGAAAUAUUCGAAAGGAAAAGUUCAGCUCUUCUUCUGGCGUCAUUGUCCCCUCCGCAGAUGAUCUGUCUGUUUUCUGAGCUCAUCUACGCCUUCACCUUGGUCUAUUAUCCCAAAAUGCCUGCCUGGAUGUGUGCGUUUGCGGUUCCAGUUUCCAGUUUUAAUUUUUGUUUCUCCAGGCUCUCGACUCCUCUCUGGAUACACGGCCUGCAAUAUCAUGCACAGAAGUCUGAUGAUGGCCGUCGCUGGCGACAUGUUGCUAUCGAUUGCAGCUCCUUUUUGGUUCAUACUAAUCUUUCGCACAAGAGCGAAACAUUACUUCUAGGCACCGCCAAAAAGAUACGGGGCCUUAUUUGAAGAUUUUCAUCCUGCCCAGCGUUGUCGUCGGCUUCGCUUUUGGCGUUUUUGACGUUGUCACACAAUUUCAAGAUGAAACUUUGGUCGCCUGUAAUCCGCCCAUUGCUAUGGGCGAACGUCAGUUUGUUUUAUUCAAAAAGCUUUGAGAUAUUACUUGUUUUAGCAAAAACAAAAAAUUCUAUUUUUGAGAGUAGUCUUUAUAAAUUGAAAAGAUGAGCCUCCAAACGAGACGGAACUUCCCAUGUUUUUCAGAUAUAUCAAUUUCUAAUGGUGUUAUAAGAAAAUGCUCUUUUCAGUGGGUCGCCAACUCCAUUAUCCGUACGCCGCCGUUCUCCUUGUCCUCACUUUGGUUUUCUACAUUUGUAGCGCCUUCCGGAUAUAUUGUUCUUCUGGUAAACAUUUUUUGUUUCAAGAGUUUUUCAGGCUUUUAAAAUAGUUCAAAUUUUUUCGGUUUUUGAAAGCAGGGAAAAACCUAAGAUUCUGCUCCUAAUGUAUGCUCCUUUAAUCGUCCCGAAAAGUCAUUAUACUCCAUUUUCGAAGCAAACUUUCUUUGCUUAGAAAAGCUGUUAUGAACGUACUCUAAUAUAACUUGAUUUUUGUAGCUCAAGUGUCCCAGAAGACUAUUGCUGUGGUGAGGAACAUCGGCGUUCUUGUCCUUUGUUAUUUUUUUACUUUGUAUUUCACAAUUUUGGCGACUGUCGUCCUGAAUGUUGCUGACUAUCCGCAGAUUAAGCGUACUUUUCAAUUUUAUCAGGUUUUUAUCAUAAUUUCCGAUGGUUCAACUCAAGUUUAUGUUUUUCAGCCAAUCUUUUCGCUCGUCUGCUUCAACGAGAACUUUAUCGUCAUGUUCUGGCGGAGCGAGGAGCAUCGGAAAGCUUUCAAAGCCCAAAUUCGCAAAUUGAUUGGAAUUUUUUCAUGCAGAACGUCACGUACAACUUCUGCUGGCGCUUUAUCAAGUGAAUAUAACAUUAUUAGAAUUGAAUUAUUGCAAUGAUUAAAUUUUUCAAUUUAUUAAUAAAUUAAUUAAUAGAGUGAAUUUAUUGAGGUACUGUAGACCGACUUACCGCAGGCACGCGGAACCACCCACAUUUUAAUUUACGCCUAAUCGAUAUUUUUAGAUUGCUUUAUUAGCCUUUUAACGUUAUUUUUGAACCCUCACAGUUUUGAAACAGCGAUUUCUAGGUGCCAAAACCAAAAUAAGGCGUUUUUCAGAGGUUCUUGAGCGACAACCGUUGCAAAUUCCCCUGUAGGGUCAAAUCAAAACUUUUUGACCUUCCACAAAUUUGGCGCGAGUUUACAGAUGGACGACGCAAUCUCGUCAUAUCGAAUUUUAACCCGUCUCCUGCGCUUCCAACUCCCACCGUCACUUCAUUAACUACACUAACUUUAACUACUACCCGUUCGUGAUGAAUCUCAUUCUCAGUGUUCUCCUUCUCGUCGGCGUUUGUUGUUGGUUUUAUUUUUCUUGAGCAGGAUGGUCAUAUUAUUUUUCAUGGAAUCUUUUUUUUAAAAUUUUUUCAUUCACUUCUUUUUUAGACGCUGCUCAUUCCACGGCGGAAGAUGGUUCGGGAGCACCGCACGAAAAUGGCGGCCGAACUCACGUAAAUCAUGACCAGCCGCUUGGCCAAGACGACAAGGACGUCUUCAGCACGGUAAAGUUUGAAAUUUGAAACAUUUAAUGGAUUCGUAGUGUUCUAUAGUUGUUUCUGGGCACGCUACUGUUGGCCAGUAGUACCCGCGGUUGCUACCGUCGUUUACCCAUUUAGCCCCAGCCGAUUAUCUGAAACACAAGUUUCAGGCGCACAUAGACCCCGUUUGAGCUAGUCCUCAGGCAAACGCCAAACUGAAUGGUCGAGUUCCCUUUUAGGUCCAGGGGAUCACCCUAACCGGUAAAAAACGUGGUGAACUGCAACACCAUUUCGCAAAAUUAUAACGUUUCAUCCGCACAAAGAGUGCUUCUGGCCAGCUUUAGAGUAAUUACACUCCAAACCACAGAGAAAUUUGAAAAGAAAGCGUGGAAAAAGUUAUUCUAUGUUUUUCUUUUAGGAAAGUCUUAUUAAAAUUGAAUAUUCCAUUCUAGUCAUUCAAAAAAAAAAACACAUGAAAAAAAUAAUUGAGUUUGAUAAUAUUUCUUACUGAAAAAGUUUAAUAAUCGUUUUUUGGCACUUCUGAUGAAAAGAAAUUUCCAGGGACGACCUGAAACAACCACCGUCACCACAUCCACGACUACUACGACUCCUGCGUCGACGACUACAACGACCAGGAAGACUUGCACGUGGCUGUCCAAGUGCUCUGGCGACGAGGAAUGCGGCGGAACUGGAAAAUGCCUCGGCCUGAACGUCGGCAAGUGCAACUGCGACGGCUGCAUCAAUUUUCUUAGGUAUAUUUAAAUUUCUCAUCGAAGGGCUUUUGGCGCCUCUUGUUCGUUUCGGACGAUUAGGUAUUUAAAAUUUCGCGAAAAGAAGCGGGAAUCGUUUUGAAUAGAGCAAUAAAACUAUAGAUAGAUAGCCUGUUUUUAAAAAAGGCUGAAAUGACAGAUAAAAAUGUUAACAAAAAAUCAGUGUUUUCAAGAUCUCGAACUUUUUUUUAGAAAACUUUUUCAGUAAUUUCCAAGUCUUUCCAUUCAAAAAGGGCCUAUUUUAUGUGCUUUUCAAGGUCAUGAGUUCCUAAGAAUUUCUCCGAGUAGAAUUUCUAAUGUGUAGUGCUUGAUCAUUUUUAAAUUUUUGGUCAUAUUUCUUGAGAUAAAGUUUCUUUCUCCUGCCUAUCCAGAUGAGAGAUUUUCCCCCAAACUCUUUUUUUAAGCUGCAAGGACGACAGCGCUUGUGGUGGAUUGAUAGGCGCCUGCAACAAGAAGACGAAGACUUGCGACUGCUACGAUGUAAUGAUGAAUAACGUUUUGUUCCUCAACAAAUCCGAACUCGCAGGCUUACCGUCGCCACGGCUACCCGCUCUUCUUGGACGCCCUCCGCGAACUGUGCAACGUCAAGCCCUGCACGACUUCCAACGCGACUUCCGUCUGCCACGGAUUUUCGUGUCACCAAGGGACCUGCUUCUGCUGA